AUGGCGGCACAGUGGCCAAGCACUCAGCCAGAAGGCCCGCUGAGCUGCAUUUCCUUCCCUCCCACGGAAGAGAAGUACCUCCAGCAGAUUGUGGACUGUCCCCCCUGCAUCUUGAUCCUCGGCCAGGACUGUAAGGUCAAGUGCCAGCUACUGAACCUGCUCUUGGGGGCGCAGGUGCUUCCGACCACCAAGCUGGGCAAUGAGGAGAGCUGUAAGCUUCGGCGCCUCCGCUUCACCUAUGGGACACAGACUCGGGUCAGCCUGGCACUCCCUGGCCAGUAUGAACUAGUGCACACUCUGGUUGCUCACCAGGGCAACUGGGAGACCAUCCCGGAGGAGGACCUGGAGGUCCAAGAGGACAGUGAGGACGCCGCCCACGUUGUAGCUGAACUGGAGGUGACCAUGCACCACGCUCUCUUACAGGAAGUGGACAUUGUGGUAGCACCGUGCCAAGGCCUCCGGCCUGCAGUGGAUGUCCUGGGUGACCUGGCGACUGAGUUCCUGCCCGUGGUGACCUACGCACUGCACCAAGAUGAACUGUCAGAGAGGGAUGAGCAGGAGCUCCGGGAGAUGCGCGAGUGUUUCUCCUCUCCCAUCUUCUUUUUCAAAGUGCCGAAGCUGGCUGCGGAGAUCAUUGACGCGCCCGCCAGAAGACCCGAGAGUGAACGAUCACCACUUCAUCGCCAGCUGCUUGACCUGGGCUAUGUGAGCAGCAGUCACUGUAACUGUGGGGGCCCCGGCCAAGACACAAAAGCUCAGAGCAUGUUGGUGGAACAGAGCGAGAAGCUUAGACAGUUGAGCACCUUUUCCUACCAGGUGCUACAGGCUCGCCUGGUGGACGCUGCCAAGGCCCUGAACCUGGUGCACUGCCGCUGCCUGGACAUCUUCAUCAACCAAGCCUUUGACAUGCAGCGGGACCUGCAGAUCACGCCCAAGCGCCUGGAGUACACGCGCAAAAAGGAGAAUGAGUUGUUUGAAUCGCUGAUGAAUAUUGCCAACCGGAAGCAGGAGGAAAUGAAGGACAUGAUUGUUGAGACGCUGAACAGCAUGAAGGAGGAACUUCUGGGUGAUGCUGCUAACAUGGAGUUCAAAGAUGUCAUCAUCCCGGAGAACGGGGAACCAGUGGGCACGAGAGAGAUCAAAUGCUGCAUCCGACAGAUCCAGGAGCUCAUCAUCUCCCGGCUGAAUCAGGCCGUGGCUAACAAGCUGAUCAGCUCAGUGGACUAUCUCCGGGAGAGCUUUGUGGGAACCCUGGAACGGUGUCUGCAGAGCCUGGAGAAGUCGCAGGACGUCUCAAUUCACAUCACCAGUAAUUAUCUCAAGCAGAUCUUGAAUGCCGCCUACCAUGUUGAAGUGACGUUUCACUCUGGGUCCUCGGUGACAAGGACGCUAUGGGAGCAGAUCAAGCAGAUCAUCCAGCGCAUCACGUGGGUGAGCCCACCUGCCAUCACUCUCGAGUGGAAGAGGAAGGUGGCCCAGGAAGCCAUCGAGAGCCUCAGCGCCUCCAAGCUGGCCAAGAGCAUUUGCAGCCAGUUCCGGACUCGGCUCAACAGUUCUCACGAGGCCUUCGCGGCCUCCUUGCGGCAGCUGGAAGCUGGCCACUCGGGCCGGCUAGAGAAGACCGAAGACCUCUGGCUGAAGGUCCGGAAAGAGCACGCCCCCCGCCUGGCCCGCCUCUCCCUGGAGAGCCGCUCUCUGCAGGACGUCCUGCUGCACCGUAAACCUAAACUGGGACAGGAGCUAGGCCGGGGCCAGUAUGGUGUGGUGUACCUAUGUGACAACUGGGGGGGACACUUCCCCUGUGCCCUCAAGUCAGUUGUUCCCCCAGAUGAGAAGCACUGGAAUGACCUGGCUUUGGAGUUUCACUACAUGAGGUCUCUGCCCAAGCAUGAGCGGCUGGUGGACCUCCACGGGUCAGUCAUCGACUACAACUAUGGCGGCGGCUCCAGCAUCGCCGUGCUGCUCAUCAUGGAGCGGCUGCACCGGGACCUCUACACGGGUCUCAAGGCUGGGCUGACGCUGGAGACACGCCUGCAGAUUGCCCUGGACGUGGUGGAGGGGAUCCGCUUCCUGCACAGCCAGGGACUGGUUCACCGUGACAUCAAGCUGAAGAACGUGCUGCUGGACAAGCAGAACCACGCCAAGAUUACAGACUUGGGAUUCUGCAAGCCGGAGGCUAUGAUGUCGGGCAGCAUUGUGGGGACCCCAAUCCAUAUGGCCCCUGAACUUUUCACAGGAAAGUACGACAACUCCGUGGAUGUCUACGCUUUCGGGAUUCUUUUCUGGUACAUCUGUUCGGGCGCCGUCAAGCUCCCCGAGGCGUUUGAGAGGUGUGCCAGCAAAGACCACCUGUGGGACAACGUGAGGAGAGGGGCCCGCCCAGAGCGUCUCCCCGUGUUUGAUGCGGAGUGCUGGCAGCUGAUGGAAGCCUGCUGGGAUGGCGACCCCUCUCAGAGGCCUCUCUUGGGCAUCGUCCAGCCCAUGCUCCAGGGCAUCAGGGACCGGCUGUGCAAGUCAGAGUCAGAGCAGCCAAACAGGGAGCUGGACGACUCCACUUGAAAGCAACGUAGAGACCUUUCUCUCGUACUCUCUCCUUCUUCCCUUCCCCCCACCUCUGGCCAAGGGGAGAAUAGGACAUGUAUGUAGUACUGGGGGCUCUUGAGGGAAUCAGUGCUUGCUGGGCAGCUUGAGACCUUCCCAAGCAAAGAUGAUUCUUGGCUAGUGCAGAGUGACAUGGCUGUUUGAGCAUACUCACAGGGUCACUGAUGUUCUAAGCUGUCCCUUUAGCAAAAAGGAAAAAAAAAUGUCUAGGUCCUGUGUAGAAAUUGACCAGUGGGAUGUCUGGCCUUGGAAAAGGACAAGCAGGCAAAUCGGACCCAGCCUCUGCUCACUGUGUGUUUCUUUCCAAGAUACCGAGUGGACACUGCCAGGACCCUUAGCAAAGGGGGACUUAGCUCCGUGCUUAUGAGAACAAAGGGACAUAGACAGUUUUGGGUGCCCGGCUCCUGCUCUCUCUUGGCCACCAGAGAGCUUGGGUUGCAACAGAAGUCCCAGUGAGGAGGCUACAGGCAAAGUUCUCUGUCCCGUACAGCACCAGUUUGUUUACACUUGUAGGACCACAAAUCCCUGGAUUCUGGGGUAGGAUUUCACUGUUACAUCACCAAGAGGCACCCCCCCCCCAAAAGUGUGUGUGUGAAGCGGUUGGAUUUUGUGUUGUACUGAGCCCAGCCCAGAGUUGGUUCCUCUACAGAGGGGUCUUUGUUUCGGUGUUGGUUUGGGUCUCAAGGUGAAGAAACUGCAGAUAACCGGGUACUUUGAGUUGAAUGUCUGAGCAAACCGGCCCACUGUGAAGUUUCUGGUGAGACCCGAGAAGUGGGGAGGUCUGGAGGCCCCGGGCCUCCCCACACACACCUACUGGAAGAACCAGAUUGUUUUUUAAAACUGAACGGAAUCAGAAACGUUUUUAUUUUUUACUCUAACACACUCACGUUUAAAAAACUUGACCCAUGAGCUUUUUAACCAAGGUUUCUUCUGCAAUUUGCCCCUUCUUUUUACUUUAUUUUAAAUAUGAUUUGUUACAAGGGGGCUGAAUGAGAUGAAAAAGAACAGGCUAAUAAUGUGUGUGUGUGCGCGCGCCUUUGCCCUGUAUGUUAGUGGUCAGGAAGGUUCUCAUCCCCUUGCAGCUGGGAAAGUUCACCAGGAGGUACAAAUGAGAGAAAUUCUGAUCCUUGUCACAGGAAGGGACAUCAUUUGAACGUAGGUGCAUCUUGGCCAUCAUCAACCUAACCGGUCCACUGCAUAUCGAGAAGCAGGCAGGCUGAGGAGUAGAUGGUAGAGGCAAGUAUCCUCACAUCUGCCUAAUCUCCAAGAACCCUGCCCUGGCCCUGUGCUAAGCCUCACAGGGGGUGGAGCAGGCCCUCAAGCAGGUGCACCAGCCACGCAGCACUUUCACUGCUGGGACGUGCCAGAGUUGGGCCCAAAGGGCCAUCUCUCUCCUAUUAACAGCGUCUGCAGAGCCUGUAAGACACUUUCCCUGUGAUCUUUAAGACUCAGCAGAACUGUUGGACUUUUCUGUGCAGUAAUGAUGUCUUGAGGGUAGCAGCCCCUAAGCACGUGAGGCUUUCCAGAACUGCAGGGAUAAAGGCCUUUUCCCUGGUGAAUGAUCUGAUGGCUGGUCCUUGGGCUCCACAGGCUGGAACUUCACUUUGAUGGAAUGUUCAGUCCACCUCUUAGAAUGGUUAACACCUCCUACAUGACCUUUGGAAUGGCCCCUUGUAGCACGGUGGUUAAACAUCUAGGUGCUCACUGAAAGGUUAGUGGUUCGAACCCACCAGCCAGUCCGAGGGUAAAAGAUGUGGCCGUCCGCUUGCAUGAUGAAGAUGUGAAGCCUUGGAAACCAUAUGGGGCAGCGGUCUGUCUCACAGAGUUGCUACCAAUCAGGAUGCACUCCAUUUGGUAGCUGUCCAUCAAGACGCCCUAUUCCUUUGGGCAUUUGCCCUUCUGGAGGCAGUGGUGGGACUUGCAGGAAGCCAGAUUACAAGUCUGGAAAGGAGAGAUGAGCAGUCUGCUUGCAAAAAGUAGCAAGAGGGGGGUGGGGAGAGUCUGUGCUGUUUGAAAUCUCGAGAAAAGACCAUCAGUUCCCCCUUCAGAGGCUCCUUUAGGACUAGUUGUGACCACCUUCCUCACGUUCACUGGAAUUCUGCAGCUCUUCCCUCUCUGCACACGGGAGUCAGGUGUGUGGCUUAGUCUGCUUUCACACUGCGGCUGCCCAGCAGGUUCCCCACAUUAUUAUUUGGCCCAGGGGGAGGGGGAGGGAAGGGUUAACACCUGAAAGUAAGAAGGGUUGUGUGUGUUACGGUUCCUUUAAAAAGAGGUAUUCCAAGAAAAGGUGCAAGUUAUUCCUGAAAGUCUCCAGGCCAGCUAAAGCCCACAGAGAGAGAUCUGGGGCGUGGUUUAAACACUCAGCAGGCUGAGUGCAGGAAUACAAACGUGUUAUGUAUGUAUAUUUGCUUUGUUCUGUAACAUUAUCAGCUGAGUUUGGACUCCUUGUCCCUUGGCACCCAUCGUGACGCAAGUGGUGGGAGCCGUGAGAUGUCCUGUACUGUGUAUUGCUUUGGAAGACACUAGCUGACUCCAGCAAGCCUGGCAGCACGGGGCUGUCAGGGAGCCCCCGUCACCAGAGUCCUGGAGCGUUCACUGGCGCCCUGUGCUGGUGCAGGCUUCCGGUGGUGAGAGAGGACGGUGGCCGAACGGUCGCUGGGUGCUGCCCUUCUCAUCCGCCCCACAGGAGUGCUUUACCCCAGCGGAAAAUGACCACCCUUUAAGUCUGGGCACUCAUUUCGCUGCAGAAGUGACAUUGGUGGCACUUGGGAUGGCCAAAGGGCUGACCCUGUUCGUAGACAGCUGGUGGCAUGGUCAGUCAGGCUCCGCCAAGGAGCGCUCAGUGUGGCCAUGCCGUCCCCUCGUUCUCCACAGAUAAUGGCUCGCUGACCAAGCCGGCUUGGCCUGCCACUUCGUGGGAGAGGACUGUGCCGGUUGUUCGCAGACCAAAGAGAGUCGCUUUGGACUCCAUCCACUUCAAGGAGACGUGCCCAGGCAGCAGCUCCUCCUAAUUUGUAAACACUAACCCCCCAGGAAGCAGUGGCGGGCAGGCCACGGGUCCACCAGGGACAGGUGCAGGACAGGGAUGGGACGCUCACCUGGGCCGUCAGCUCUCUGAGGGACUGCAACCUUGCUUUCCCCCCCGGCUUGGGAAGCAGUCUUAGUGGAAGGGCCGUGCCGAGGUAACCACAUGGACAGCACUUUGCAUUAGAGAAGUGGAGAGGGCCAGUGGUCACACACUCUGGGGAGUCGGGCACCGUCUUGGCCUUCCCUUGGAGGGAUGGCACGCGUGGCAUUCCUUCUGGCUAAUCACAGACAUGCUUGAGCCGUGUUGCAUUAGAGCAGGGUUAAUGGCCCUGGGAGAGCCUGGUGCCCAAAGAGUAUUUUGCCCUUGAGUUUUCAAGCUGUUUUUUUUGUUGUUGUUGGUUCACAAGGACAAAGGGUGCGGGGAGGGCGGGGGCAGGCAUUUAUCCUCCUUGGAGUUAAGGGUAAGGAAGGGAUGACCUAGAGAAACCUUUGCAUGGGGACCCCUGUGGGGGGUCAAGUAGCCCUACUGUGUGAAGGGUUUCCUUGUCACCCCCUGCUACUGGGAGGGAAUGCUGGAGCCCGGGGACACCUGGCAUGUGGAAGGCCACUUGGCCCAGUAGGUCAAAAAGAGAAUUGGUCUGGAUAGCCUGUUGUCUUUUUUCCUUAAUGUAAUGGGAUUUUUGUUUACUUGUUUGUUUUAAAGGACUAAUGUUUAUCACAGUGUUAAAUAAAAAUGUAACAAACUCUGUAGCAUAAAGGUGCAAUAACAGAAGGAAAUCUGAGACACACUUCGGUCCUUGUACUCUCCCAUCUGAACUGCCUAGGACAACGUUAACUGUGUGUUUAAGAGACAUGCUGUGGGAUGGACUUGACUUCUCAGGUGGUCUGGAGAGCUGCCAGGAUACCAGCUGUGCUGUGUAAUAAAGAUCACAUUAACGUCUC